AUGGAGGAUGACAAAGAAGAGAGACUCUCUUUCAGCGACGUACAGUUUUUCAGUGAUAAUCUGCAGUUGGAUUCAAAACUAUCUGCGGCCGAUGGAAAACAAAACUCCUUUUCCUCACCGUCUUCCUCAUCCAACCAUGAUUUCUUAGGGUUUUUCAGCGCAGAAUGGAGUGAUUUCCCUACUUCGAUUUCUUCUAAUGCACCUGAUGAUAUCAUAUUCUGUGGAAAAGUGAUUUAUACUUCAAAAAGCAACCAAACUUUAAACCCCAAGAAGAAAACAGAUUCCGAGAACAAAACAGAUUCCAAGAACAAUAAGAGUAGUAUCAUGGGACGGAAUUCUAAUUCUUUCUCGAGCUUCUCCAAUGGUCAUUCCUCUUUAAGCACUUCACGAUUAAAUUCUUUUCCUAUCUUAUGGAGAAAGAAAAAGGAUAAUAAAAGGAAUGACGUGUUACUCCAGAGAACGACAAAAUUGGCAUGUCCCAGCAAGUCAAGGUGGCAGGUUUUUAUGUUUGGAUCCGGGAGGUUUCCUAUGAAGAUGGAGUUGAGUGACAUAAGAAGUAGGCAGAAACGCCGGAGCCACAGUGGUGAGGAGGAGAAAAUCGGUGGAAAGCAGUUGUCGGGGUUGAUUAGAGUACUGGGUUGCGGUGGUGGAUUCACUGAUUAG